AUGAACACUCUUCGGGUGCUGCUGCACAUAGCCGCUCAGCGCGACUACGAGCUUCACUCCCUUGACUUCAGCACAGCUUUCUUGCAGGGCAGCCUGCACGAGGAGAUCUGGCUGCGCCGCCCACCUGGAUUCAUUGGGUCGUUCCCUCCUGAUACCCAGUGGAGUCUCCAGCGGCCAGUCUACAGUCUCCGCCAGGCGCCCCGUGAGUGGCACGACACACUGAGGACUACACUUGCGGCUCUUGGGUUGACUCCUUCUACUGCCGACCCGUCGCUGUUUCUGCGCACCGACACCUCUUUGCCGCCGUUCUACAUCCUCGUGUACGUCGACGACUUGGUCUUUGCCACUGCUGACACUGCUGGACUCGCCCACGUAAAGUCCGAGCUGCAGAAGAGACACACGUGCACAGACCUGGGUGAACUGUGUAGCCACCUUGGCUUGCCGAUCACCCGGGACAGAGCACAGCGCACCAUUACCCUGACUCAGUCACACAUGGUGCAGCAGGUCCUUCAACGCUUCGACUUCACGUACUCCUCGCCUCAGGCCACUUCUCUGUCUACUCGCCACUCGCUCUCAGCUCUGCCUUCGGACGAGUCUGUAGAGCCAAAGCACAUGGCUGCAGCGAAGAGGGUGUUGCGCUACUUGUGCAGUACGUUGGGCAUGGGGCUAGUGCUUGGAGGGCGACGUCCAGUGGACGAAGUGAUGGGGGCGGUGCUAAGAGAGCAAGUGAUUGAACGGGCAAUAACAGGACAUCUGGUAGGGGAUUAUUGCAAAUGUGGGCACGAAUCUAGGAGCAUAUUGUAUGAUGGAAGUGCCAUCAAUGUUGCAGCUGAGGCCAAACCACUCUGCUUGCAGUGGGAAGUCAGAGUGACGCAACCAGAGAUUCAGGCAGGAGAGUAA